AUGCUUCGUGACCAAAUGAAAGAACACCAGGAAAGGGUUGACAAAAUACCCGGCGCCCCUAAGCUGCUGCCAAAGCGCGAUGUGGGAAGAUUUGUCGAGCAACCGUACAGUGAGGAAGCUGCUCCCCACCCUAUCCCGAAAACCUUCAAAAUGCCACCAUACUUGAAAAUAUACGACGGGACCACGGAUCCAGAAGAUCACCUGAUUCAUUAUGUCACCGCGGUAAAAGGCAACGACUUGUCAAAAGAACAAGUGCCAUCCGUGCUGUUGAAAAAGUUCGGUGAAACUUUGACAGUAGGAGCAUUAACAUGGUAUUCUCAGCUACCAGCACGGUCGAUAUCAACAUUCGAGGAGAUGGCAGAUAAAUUCGCUACCGCUCACGCAGGAGCAAAGAAGGCUGAAGCUAGGGUCAACGACAUCUUCGCCAUCAGGCAAAUGGCGGGCGAAGGACUUCGGGACUUCCUGGCCUGGUUUAACAGGGUAAGAAUGGGACUGCCGAAUGUAUCGGAAGGAAUGGCGGUCGCAGCCUUCCAGAACGGGCUAAGCAAAAGCGGGUCGAAGGCGACCAAGAAGUUACUCAACAGACUCAUGAAGUACCCUCCCACCACAUGGGAGGAGAUCCAUAAUGCCUACUGCGCCGAAGUAAGAGCAGAUGAAGACGAUCUCAACGGUCCAACCCAGCGACUAACGUCAGUACAGUCCGAGAUAAGGAGAGAUCGACGCAACGACGGACGAAGGGAUCAGCUCCUACGCUUCAACAGAGAAAGGCAUCAUCCCUAUGAAAGAGGACACAAGACCGAAGACUGCAUAGGUUUACGACAGGAGGUGGUUAGAAUGCUGAACCCGGGAUACCUGAAAGAACUGCUCAGCGAUAAAGGAAAGGCUAACUUCGCCAGAGGGCGUGACCCAUCUCAAGGACCACCCAGGCCACCGUCACCGGCACGUACCAUACAAAUGAUUAUCGGUGGUGGCAACGACUCAGUUAUCAACCACGUAAAGUCCACCACCACGCAUAAGCUGAAGCGUACAAUCACUCACGAACGUACAGCGGACAUCUGGAGAAAUAACACUGCCGAUCCUGGCUGGGGGAGUCACGCUGGAAACUAUAUUCCACGUCAUGGACCAGGAAAUCGCUUAUAA